ACGCUGCAUUUUGAGUUGCACGGCCAGAAUGGUGAUAUGCACGGCCGUGCACCCUGGCCGUGCGAGUCGGGAUUUCCUGGUUUUAAGCCAAAUUCCGAACCAAAGAGGAGGGAGAGCUGGGUUUUGGAUCCCAAACACCCAAGGGACGAACCCUAGAGAGAGAGCGACUUGGGAACAUUCUUGGAGCUAUUUUGGAGGAUUUCUUUGCCAUUGGAGCUCGGGAAUCAAGCUUGGAGAUGGAGAUUGAAGAUCUAGAUCAGAUUUCUGCAGUCUCUCUCUUCUCUAUGGAGUAACUUCCCUUCACUUAGGUUUUGAGGAACCUUAGUUCCAUGAGUUAGGAUCUUUCUUGUAUGAAGUUUUGGAUGCUAUAUUGUUUGAUUAUAAUCGAAUGAUGCAUGUUUAUUGAGUCAAUUGAAGUCUGAUCAACUUUUCCUGAUUCCUGCUGCAAUCUGAGAUGGAUAGAAUCUGAUUAGGUUGCUAGAGUCUCAUCAUUCGGUAGUAGGAGAUUGGCUAUACGAGAGUUAGCCAGUUUACUGCUUUGUACUGGAAUCCAAUUCCAGUAGUGGAGUUCUGUGCUUAUUGCUUCAGCUUUCUAUCCCGGUGAAGACUAGUCGUCUGCCGGAUAGUUAGACUGAGAGGGCUUGGUCAGCUUAAGAGAUUCCAAGCUACUGUCGGAUCUUCCGCAGUUUAAUCAACAGUAAAUCAACCAAAAUGAAUUACAACUUGGACCUAAUUGAGGAGCUAGGGGGAAUCAUACCUAAGUGAGUUCCCAAACUGUAAUUAGUAGUUUUACUUAGUUUAGUUAGUAGAGUAGUUUAGUUAAUCAAUCCUUAAUCUAGUUUGCUAGAUAAUGAACUGAAGCUGAGUAAUAGUAACUCUAGAGACCCGUGGAUUCGAUAUUUAUUACUUGUGCCACUAUACUGCAGUCCCUUUCAUUGGUUACACUUGGACAUUGUUAGGUGUUGUGUUUUAGAGCAUCAAGUUUUUGGCGCCGUUGCCGGGGACUUUCUAGAGUAUUAGGAAAGGCAGAAGUUUGUUACUUUAGCGUUUUUCUUUUCUUUUCCACCCUUGCUUUUCACUUGGGUGUUUUUUGUUUUUGUUGGUGCAGAUCUGAAUCAUGGAUCCGCAUGGCUUCUCCAACCAGUGGGGGUAUCCACCACCAUCCGAGUGGUAUUACCCCGAGACUCCCUGGAGCAAUCAAGGAGGAGAAGACUAUGGAUUCGGGUUCCAGUACCAACCCCCUUUCUACGGAGAACAACCAGACCCCUGGGCAUAUCAAGAACAAUCUCCUUAUCAAGAAGAAUUCCUCCCACAACAAGAAGGGCCAUCGGAUCUGGAGUUACCCAUGGCGGCCUUCACGGGCCAUUCUGCAGAGCCAUGCUACACUCCACAGCCAGAUCCAAACUAUGAAUUGAGGCUUCUCGUGGAGCAGAUUGCUCGAGUACCUGAGAGAUCUUUUCCCGAGAUGGAUCCUCAUAUCCAGGCCAUUGCCCAAACUGACUUUUCCUUCCCCCGUGAAACAGAGGAUACCAUCCGGAGCAUAAAGAAGCACAUAGAGGUCAUUGAGAAAGCUUGUUCACAGUUUUCUCAAGACAACCUUUAUGCUGCCAUACAAGUAGAGGAGGAGGAAGAAAAAGGCAAUCAUGAGGAUGUUGAGGAGCAUACAGAAGUUGUCACAGAAAGCUCCCAUGAUAAUCAUGAUCAAGUGUAUCCUUUGGUGGUAGAUCAUAACUUUCACCAUUUCCGCUCUGACAUGCUGGGCUCGAGUGAGGAGAUGCAAGCUGAACUUAUCGAGAACCUUGCAUGGAGACUUGCUCUCCAAUUCGUGCUGGAAGAAGAAGAGCAAGAAAGGGUGCAGAAAGAAGUUGUGGAGGAUGACAAAAGUGAAGCAGAAGGAGUUCUUGAUCUUUUCUCAGGGGUGAUACCACAUGAAGAAGAAAGGGGGGUUGAAAAAGCAAUUGGCGUCCAGGCUGAGGACGGAGUUGAGGUGGAAGAGGCCUGCACCGGCCAUGAGUUACAUUUGAUAUCUCCACCAAACUUCGAGGAACUACUUAGCAAGGACCCAUUUGCAGUGUCUCUUUGCCAGACCAAGGCCACAUCGACAUCGGUCCCUCUUGGUGGACGCGAUGGUGGCCAAUCGAUGAUGUCAUAUCUGGUUUGGGGCAAUGAGACGAGAGAAGAGAAAAAGAGGUCUCGAGGGUGGAGACUUCAUCUGCAUCAAGUACAUGAGCCUUCAUCACCUGCCACACCACAUGCUCGUGACUUGAGACUCCACCUCAUCGACGAGAACCACAACUUCAAGGAGGUUCUAGCAUGGACCGAAACUUAGAAGCCAUCGUCCGGCUCACGACGUGAAAGAAGCACUUGUUGGGAGGCAACCCAACCAGUCGGUUUGCAUUUCUUUCUCUUUUUAUCCUCGGUUGAGUCAGUUUUGUUAUUUGAUUUUAGAGUCAAUAACUCAACCUUUGUGAGAUUUUGUGUGGUGUUUGUGUUCUGAUUACUCUCUCUUCCUGGAAUGCACUGCCUGACCCGUACAUCAUCAUUCACCUUGAUCUGGUAACUUCGUUCUACCCUCUUUAUCUUUCCUCCAUUGAGGACAAUGUCGUGCUUAAGUGUGGGGGGGGGGGUGUUCGAUUAUGUAUGCGGGUGAAUGUUUGGCUGUUUGUGUGCUUGGAGCCUAGUCCACUGUCCAAAUUUUUAAAUUUGAGGGCUCCAAGUACGUGUUUCCUUGCAAUUGCCUGCUCAGUAUGCUUUGAAUUGACAGUCUUUAUAGUAAUAUGCAACCUAGGGAGGUAGUGUAGCACUAUGGAGGAUGUUGAUGCAUUUAAGAAGUCUCGUUUCUUCUUCAUAUUGUGUUGGUUGAUUGAGUGAAUUAGUGAUCUUAGGACCCUUGAAUUGUGUGGUGUUGUGGAUUCUCUGCCUGUCAUGGACUCUUGUAUCAUGUUUUGAGUUUAACAGGUGCUCGAAAAUGUGCUUCAAAAUAACGUCUCCCUUGCGAAUAGGGCGAAAGUGUGUAAGGGGAGACGGGGAUUCGUUCCCAAUUUUCACCUACUACCUCCAGCCCCCUUACAUGUCUUUCCCCCGCACGAGGCUCGAGACAUCCGCUCCUGGCAUGGCCGGUAAGAGCAGGUUGGGACCCUUGGAAAAAAAAAAAGAAAAAAAUAACAGAAAACAAGCAAAACAGAAAGAAAAGGGGUUCCAACCAUCUUCAAGAAGAAAAUAGAGCACCUUGAAAAAU